AUGCGCUCCUUGCUUCCCGCGGUGCUUUUGCCGCUGCUUUUCGUGUUUGUGCUCCUCUGCCUAACCGCGGCCCCGGCCGUGCGUGCGGCGGAGGGAGAGGGCCAGGCAGCAGAGACUGCGGCUGGGACGGAGGACGCCGCAUCCACGAGUCGUGCCGACGGCGGCGGCGACGACGACGACGACGACGACGAGAGCGUGGGCGACGAAGCUGGGCGGUACCCGUUGGCCUCCGCGCGUGUCAUUUUCCCCGACAAUCCCAUGAAACUGCAGCCAACGCUGCCCGCCGGUUCGAAGGCGAACGCCCUCAUCGCGUACCGCAACAGUCAACUGGGCCACCAGCACACCGUCGUGCUCAUCGCCGGGUACAUCACCCCCGUGAAUGACUACAGCCAGGUGAUUCAGAACUUCUCCAUUGUUCGCCACGCACGCGUCGUGCAGCCCAGCGACACCACAAGCUUUCAGUAUAGCUUCACCCCCGACCACCUGCUUGAGCCAACCGACUACAACCUCAUUCUCGGCCUCUACUUCCACGACAACGUCACCAACAACACCUACUUUGCCACCGCCUUUAACGACACUGUGACCGUAGAUGAGUCGCUUGAGACGGAUCCGCGGACCCUUCUGACCUAUGUGACGCUGCUUGGGCUGUUCGGCGGGGCGGCGUAUUUUCUGGCCUCGAAGCUGGGCCUUGUGGCGCUUCUGAAGGCUAAGCGUGCUGCGGGCGCAUCCCGGCGGCGGGUGGAGGUUGGCACCAAGGGCGAGGGAUACGACCCGGACUACAUCAGCAGCGAGCACCAUAAAUACAAGGAGGCGCUGCUGCAGCGCAACUCUUCCUCGUCCCCGUCAAAGAAGAAGAAGUAG